UCACAAACGAACAAAUAUAUUCAUACAAAUUUGCCCCCACCUUUCUGCAUGUUCUUUUCCGUAAUCCAAUAUCAGUUUCCAAAGACUAAAAUCUAAAAAGCACUGAAAAAUGCCGGAGAUGACGGAAGUUGACAAGCCCGUCGUGGCCGAACCGAAACCCGAACAAAGCGAAUCUUCCACAGACAGCGACUCCGACGAGGAUAUUCCUGAGUUAGAAGAUGCAGGCACGGCUAACGCUACUUCAGCUGCCUUCCCGGGGGCCGCGGCGGCCGGCUUACCGGUAGACCCGGGUCUAUCCAAAGCCAAGCAAUCCCGAGGCGAGAAGAAAGCUAGAAAAAUUAUGUCCAAACUUGGCUUGAAACCCGUUCAAGGCGUGAAUAGAGUAACCAUCCGCAAAUCUAAGAAUAUACUUUUCGUCAUCAACAAACCAGACGUUUACAAGAACCCAGUCAGUGAUACGUACAUAGUAUUCGGUGAAGCGAAGAUCGAGGAUCUCUCGCAGCAGGCCCAAGUCGCUGCUGCGGAGAAGUUCAAGGAAGUGAACCCGGCCGGUGAUGCUGCUGCCGGUACCACUACGACUUCGGUGGCUCCUAUUGCUGAGGAGUCUGAGGACGAGGAGGUUGAUGAUACUGGAGUGGAGGAGAAAGAUAUCGAAUUGGUGAUAUCUCAGGCGAACGUGAGUCGAACUAAAGCUAUUAAAGCUCUUAAAAAUAAUCAGAAUGACAUAGUGAAUGCUAUUAUGGAGCUCACAAUGUGAGCUGAGCGAACGUAAUCUUGAAUCUUUUAAUUUGUUAUAACAGUAUAUAAGACUUCAGUGUAAAUAAGUACAAUAAAAUUUGAAAGCCUGUUUUAUUCUUAUAAACUUCGAGAAUGUAGAUCGAGCGGUUAAAAGUUUACAUUGCCAGUUGGUGUUAUUGAUUGGUUUUAGCGUUGCUGUUAUUCAGACCUAGAGACACUUAAAGAUGGUUGAUAUUUAAAGAGUAAUUUCAUUUGGUAUAGUAACACCGAUUAGUAUGGACUUUUUAUAAUUUAUAGGUUAAUAUGUUAUUCCUUCAUUCGCAGAUCUUUUUAGCCUUGUAUCAAUUUAUAAUCUCCUUUUUUGGUUUGGUUAUGUAACUAUUGUAACAAAUUCAUUGGUUUUAAAUACAAUGUACAAUUAAACAUUUAUUUUUUUGAAUCAGUAUCAAAUUAUGCAAAAAAAAUUGAUGAAGAAUUCAGGUACAUUUUCCUAUUAGGAAAUUUUUGAGUCGUCUAACUACACAAAAACAAUGAGGAUAAUACUAUCAAUAUGAUGUGAUUUAUUUCGUAAUUACAGAUUUGUACACUUUUCAAUGUGAAUUGUACCUAGUAAUCUAUUUCAUUUUUUAAAAUAGUGACUCAAAUGAGAGUUCUAGCGAUUCUCUUUAUUUAUAACAAUCACUUUUUUAAGAAACAAAAUUGUAAAAAAGCAUGAAUAAAAAACAACAUAUUGGAAAUGCGUGGAACGAUAUAAAUCGAUCGAUAUUCCUAUAUGUACAAAAUUAUAGAAUUUUGUUUUUUUUUAAUAAACUUAUGUUAUAUCACACAAUACAAAGUAUCCUAAAAAGUAAUAUCAAAUUCAUUACAAUUUUGAAUAAAAAAUUAAUUAUUUUUUUAAUUACGGCUACACUACAGAUACGUUUAAAAUAAUUCGAACAGGAUGAUAAAUAAAAUAUAUCUUUCACUUGGAAAAUAAUUUCAAAUAGGUUGAUUUAUUUGAUAUUACUUUCUGAUAACUCGGCGUAAAAAUGCUUAGAUUUUAGUUUCUUGCAUAUGGCUCUACAACAAAUCAAUAACGCUAAUGUACAAAUAAAAUGAAAACAUUUCUCAAAAACCACCUCUUUGGAACGCCCCCCUAAAAUUGCCUCUGUGAAAGAACCCCCGGUUACCGCCCCUGUUACCUCUGAAAUUCCCGUUCCCUCGAUUUUGAUUCUUAUUCCGAUUUCGACCUGAAAUUUCAAUCGAAAUUACAAUCAGAACGAAAAUAAAUGCUUCAUUUUUUUACCUUUAUUACCUCUGUUAUUGAAAUUCCCCCUCGCGCCGUUCCGCCCUCGAAAUCCUCCAAAGUCGUUAAACGACAUGAGCGGCUGCGGACCGCCCCAAUUAUUCUGCGAAUGAUCCAUAUCUUCCGCCCAUUGACUCUCUUCGUUCAGCCUUUGAUUAAUCAUUUCGCUGCGCUCUUCCUCCGCCAUCCAAGAAUUCGGACCCGCCAAAGGCCUGCCCGGAAUCAUGGGCGGCGGCUGAAGGAGCGGAGGCGGCAGCAUCGAAGUAUUCAUGUGCGGCAUUAUCGGCGGACCCAUUAGGUUAUUGAAAUUCAACAGAGGAGGCGGCGGUAGAAGCAACGGUGCAUCGGGUUUAUCUACAAUUCCAUUAUAAUAGAACAGAAUCCACCGUACAGUAGAAAUACUACCUUCGUCGUUAUCGAAGUCGUUACUGAGAUCGUCGAAUAUAUUAUUAGCGUCGUCUUCGGGGAGUUCUGGAAGCGGGGGCGGAGGCUCCAACAUAAAUUGUGAUUGUUUAUUGUUCUUAUGACCGUCGAUAAUAACCUGUUAAAAGGAGUUAAAAUUAUUGCAAAUGUACAUUAAAUUGUGUGGAUAUUACACCUAUUCGAGGCUCUUUUAAGAAUUUAAAGGCUCUAUAGGAUAAUCAGGUCCUAGAUAUACUACUACCUUGAGAUUGUCAUGCUUGUGCUGUCUGCUAUCCUCAUCGCUGAGAUCCAUAUCGAUGUUCUCCGGCGAUUCAACGUGCAGGGAGUCUCGGUGCUUGUGAUCGUGGAACUUCGGAGGCGGCGGCGGCGGUGGAGGCAACUUGAGCUGGUUAAUGCUGAAGCCGAUCCUGUAAUCCUGGUCCAUCGAACUAAUUGGUGGUGCGGGAAGGUUCAAAGACGGAUUCGCUUGAGGAGGUAUCCUG